UGAUACAGGGUCAGGAUGACUGGAGAGUGACUUACACCUCUACUGAGAUCUGUGCUGUAAAAGGAUCAACAGUGGAAAUACACUGCAGCUACAGAUACCCAUCCAGAAUAUAUGGCCGUCAAAUUACAGUUGAGAAAACAUUCUGGUUUACCAACAUGUAUCCAUAUGAUCCUGUAGAUCUGACAACAGACCCACAGUAUUCAGGUCGUGUGCAGUAUGACUGUGAUAAGAUUAGGAACUACUGCACUCUGAGAAUCACAGACCUGAGAGAGAGCGACUCAGCUAAGUACAAGUUCAGGUUCACAACAAACCAACUCACUGGUUAUACUGGUGAACCUGGAGUCACUUUGUCUGUCACAGGUCUCCAGGUGAGCAGAUAUAAUAGUUAUAGCCUUAAGUGUCAAAGCAGUUGUGUACUUGUUCGCCCUUCCUUCAUCUGGUACAAAAACGGACAGAAAAUUAAGGCAGCAGCAUCUUCUUCUUAUAAUUUAGGCAACUAUAAUUACAAAGACAGUUAUUCUUGUGCUGUAAAAGGAUAUGAGGAUUCCCCCUCUCCUCCAACAUGUGCCGAUGGUCAAACCUGCAACAGAGUGACGUACACUGUCAGAAACAUCUGUGCCUUCAAAGGCUCAUCAGUGGACAUUUCUUGCACUUACAGCAGUUACAAGUAUUAUGUUGACUCCAAAUUCUGGUUCAGUCCUGAACGUAAAGAUCAGUGGCAGAAUCCCUCACAGCCUGAGGACCUUAGUAAAGACUCCCAGUUUGCAGGUCGUGUUCAGGUCAUUGACACAGAGGGAGGACGCUCCACCCUGAGAAUCACUGACCUGAGAGAGAGCGACUCAGCUGAGUAUCACUUCAAAUUCACAACACCAAGCUUUGAAUGGAGGAGUAGUUUACCUGGUACAACUCUGACUGUCACAGCUUUCCAGGUGCAGGUGACCAGAAUAACAAUCGGGCAGUCUGUUACUGAGGCAGAGCUGAAGUGUCACAGCAGCUGCAGUCCAGCUGGUCGUCUGUCCUACAUCUGGUUCAGUAAUAAAGAGGAAAUUACUGGAGUGGAGACGUCUUCUUAUAAAGCCCGGUUUGGUCUUAGUGACAACGUCUCCUGUGCUAUAAGAGGACACGAGGAGUUCCCCUCUCCUUCAGUGU